AUGGGAGGAGGCGGAAAAAUUCCUUAUCCCAAAGAGGUGUGGUCUCCAGCUGGUGGUUGGUACGCUCAACCAGGCAACUGGAAGGCCAACACCGCCGUCAUGGGCCUAGCUAUUGUCGGGAUUGUCGCAGCUACAUGGAGUCUUAGUGCAGAACGCGAACACCGUGAUCGAAUGCCUGAGCCAGGCCGCUUCUUUCCAAGCCGAAAGUCUGUUACCCAAUUGAAUCUUACGGCGGUUGCAGCAUUCGCUGACAGUCAUUUUCUACAGUUGGAGCAAGCAGAUAAUUGA